AUGGCGCAAGCUCAGAGCACGUGGCUCGCCAGCGCCGCUGGCAUCUUCUUCGGCUGGGCGUUCCUGUCCUACAUUGUCCGCGUGUGGGCGCGGCUGCGCGUCAAGGCCUGGGGGAUGGACGACUAUGCCAUCUCCGGGUCCUUGCUCGUCGCUCUCAUCCACCUCGUCUGUGUCGGCCACGCUCUGGGGCACGGAUACGGCCAGCCUCUGGAUCAACUUUCGGCAUAUGACGCGAUGCAAGGUCUCUACCUCGCCCAAUUAUCCUACGUUGCCUCGAUCGGUCUCUGCAGGCUGGCGGCGGCGCUCUUCCUCGCACACAUCUCCCACCACUCCGGCCCGUUCAAAAAGUCGGCCCAGAUGGCCGGCUUCGUCGCCGCGGCGUGGACCGUGGCGUCGGCGCUGGCCAUUGGCAUUCGCGGCGACGACGUCGCCCAGCCCUGGACCCUGCUUGACGGCUCUUCCGAGAUGUUUACGAGAUGGCUCGUCAUCGAGACGACGGGCAUCAUGAUCGACCUAGCGCUGUGGGCGAUUGCGGCCCGUCUCGUCUGCCGGAUCCAGCUCAAGCUGUCGAAGCGCAUCAUGCUCGUAUGCGCAUUCGGCGCCGGAUGCAUACUGGUCACGCCGUUCCUCAUCGCCCGGCUCGUCCUGCUCCAUCCGCGGGUGAGCACCGGCUCGGCGCGCGGCGUCACCAUGGCGGACCUGAUCACCGAGGCCUGCGUGCACCUCUCCGUGUUUGCCAGCUCUGCCACCUCCCUCAAGCCACUUCUCACCUCAUACUGCCACACCCGGCUGCUGACGGUGGCGGCGGCGCCGGGCAAGGACUGGACGACGGCGUCGACGUCGGAGGGCGGGCUGCUGCUGCCCUCCAAGGACCGGACGGUGGCGGCGGACGGGCGCGACUCGCCAUGCUGGUACCACCGCCCGGAGCCGGUGAGACCGGCCGUCCUGGCCGGUCACCGCGGCGGCGGCAUCACCUGGCAGCGGCCGGCGCCGUACUGCGCCCAGUCGAACAACAGCAGCAUCAGCAGCACUCGUUCGGCGCCACGCAGCAGCGGCGGCUUCGUCGCGGACUAUCACCGCCUGCAGCAGGGCGGUGGCUGGAGGCGGGACUCGCUGACCGAGACGCUCCGGAUCGGAUGGGCGGGCGGCGGGAGGAGGGAGCGGCAGCCCUCGACGGCGUCGGACGACUCGGGGCCGAUCAUCAUCCAGAACAUGAGCGAGGUGCGGCUGCAUGAUGUGGAGGACGGGAUGAGCGUGCGGUACGGGGAGGAUGCGGCAAGUCUGCACUACAUGGCGGAGGGAGAGGGGGGCAUGUUCUAG